AUGGGCAACGCCGCGCCGCGCGCGGCGGCCGCGACGACGCCGGACGCGCCGGAGCGCCGGCUGGCCGAGGACCUGCGCCAUGCCGUCGUCGUCGCGCGGCUCGGGCGCGGCCGCGUCCUCACGUCCCUGCGGUGCCGCGCGGGGGGCGCGGCGCUCGUUUUAAAGGUCCACCUCCCGCGCGCGCGCACGAAGGCGCUCGACGCCGCGAGGGACGAGGUCGCAAGGGUCCGGCGGCGGCUCGCGGACCACCCGGCGCUCGCGCCGGCCGUCGCGUUCUUCGGCAAGGUCGCGCCGCCGCGCGUCACAGGUGCCUUCGACCCGGAACGAUCGCGAGCCGUCGUCGGCACGCCAUCGCCGGGGCUCACACUCGCCACGCGCAGGCCGCGCCGAAGGCGGCGGCGGCGGCGUACCUCGCGAGACGGCACUUCUCGGCGUCGCUCGCCGACCGGCUCCAGCGAAGGCCGUUCCUCGUCGGGGUCGAGCGGCUCUGGCUGAUAUAUCAGCUCCUCGACGCGCUCGCGCACGCCCACGCGCGGGGCGUGGUCCACGGCGACGUGAGAAGUGAAAACAUCAUGGUCGCCGAGUGGUGCUUCUGCGUUUUGGUCGACUUCGCCGCCCACAAACCCGCGACGCUGCGCGACGACGGCCCCGCGGUUUUGGAGCACUUCGCGGCGGGCGACGGCGCGCAGCGCGCGGCGCGCUGCUACGUGGCGCCCGAGCGCCUCGUGCGGGACCUCUCCCCCGAAACCGGCGGGUUUCUCCGCCCGCCGGCCGACGUCUUCGCCGCCGGCUGCGUCGCCGCGGAGAUCCUCAACGGCGGCGCGCCGACGCUGGACGUCGCCGCCGCCCUGGCGCUCGCGCGCGCGACGGUGGACCGGGCGCGGCCGCCGCCGCCGGCCGUCCUCGCGCUGCGGCCGGCGGCGGCGCGGGCGGCCGUCGCGGCGAUGCUCGCGCGCGACCCGGACGCGCGCGGCGGCGCGGCGGACCACGCGGCGGCCGUCGCGGUCGUCGCCGCGGGCGCGUGCGGCGCGCCGGCGGACGCGUUCCCCGCCGCCGCGCGCCUCGGCCGCGCCGCGCUGGCGCGGCCGACGCCCGACGCGCGCGUCGCGCUCGCGUGCCGCGCGUAUGGUGGGCUCGCGCGCGCGCUCGGCGGCGCGUCGGACGCCGACGGCGCCGCGGCGCUCGCGGCGGCCGGCGCCGCGCUCGACGGCGACGGCGCGACGGAGGCUCCGCUCGCGCGGCCCGGCGCGGCGGCGGCGGCGGCCGCCGCCGCUGAUGACGGCGGCGCGCCGGCGGCCGGCGGCGCGCUGCCGCUCGCGGCGCAGCUCGUCUGCGCGGCGCUGCGCCACUGCCGCGCCCCGGCGGCGCGCCUCGCGGGCCUCGCGCUCCUCGGCCGCCUCGGCCGCCGCCUCGACGACGAGGCGCGGCUCCAGACCCUGCUGCCGCACGCCCUGCGCGCGCUCGACGACCCGACGCCGGGCGUGCGCGCCGCGGCGUGCCGCGUCGCCGCGGGGCUCUGCCGGCGCGUGGCGACGUGGCCGUCGUCCGACGCGGCGCUGUUCCCGGCGUACGUCUUCCCCCGCGUCGCGCCGCUCGCGCGCGACGCCGAGCCCGUCGUCGCGGCGGCGUUCGCCGGCGCGUGCGGCGCGCUGCUCGCGGCGGCGCGGCGCUUCGACGCCGCCGCCGACGGCGGCGACGCGCUCCGGGCGACCGCGGCGCGCUGGGUCGCCGAGCUCGCGACCGGCCGCGCCGGCGCCGUGCGCGCCGACGCCGUCGCGGCGCUGCGCGACGUGUUCCGGGCGCUCGGCGGCGACGCGGCGGCGCGCGACGCCGUGCUGCCGCACGCGCUCGCGGCGCUGAACGACGCGACCGCGACCGCGAGGCGCGCCGCGUGCGGCGUCGCGGCGGCGCUCGCCGCGGGCGACGACGUCGCCUCGUCGCUCGUCGCGCCGUGCCUCCGCCAGGCGCUCGGCGACCCGGCGCCGUCCGCCCGCGCCGCCGCGCGCCGGGCGCUCGCGGCGCUCGGCGACGCGGGCGGCGCCGAGGACGCGCCGCGCGCGCGCCGCGGGCCGGUGGACGCGACGCGCGGCGGUCCCCGCGUCGGCGGCGUCGCGGCCGCGCCGGUCGCGCCGCCGGGCGCCGCGCGCGCGCUCCUCGCGCCGGACCAGCGCUUCGCCGGCCUCGCGGUCCGGCCGCCCGCCGGCGCCGGCGCCGGCGACGGCGACGACGGCGACGACGCCGUCCGGCGGCGCCACGGCGUCGUCGACGGCCGCCGGCCGCGCGGCGGCGCGGCCGGCGCGCGGCCCGCGCGGCCCGGCCGGGGCGACGCGCCGCUCGCGCGCCGCGUCGCCGCGCUCGGCGUGCCGCCGCUGCCGCCGGCGGGCCUCCGGCCGCUGCGCCAGCCGUCGGACGGCCGCGCGUUCAGCUGGUACGCGGCGCCGCUCGAGGUCGACGAACGGACGCGCGACCGGCGCGCGGACUGGCGGCCGCAGCACCCCGGCCGGUGCGUGGCGACGCUCGACGAGCACGCGGCCGCCGUGCGGCGCCUCGCGGUCGGCCAGGACCAGAGCUUCGUGGCGACGGCGUCCGACGACGGCUCGUGUCGCGUCUGGGCGACGGCGCGGCUGCUGGACGGGGACGCGCCGCCCUCGGCCGCGCGCUACGACGGCCACGGCGGGCCGGUGCUCGACUGCUGCCACGUCGACAACGCGCGGUGCGUAGUUAGCGGAGGCGCCGACGGCGCCGCGCACGUCUGGUCCGUGGAGCUCGCCGGCGCCGGGCCGGGGGCGGCGGCGACGCCGCGCGUCCGCGCGCCGCUCCGGCCGCCGCGCGACGAGGGCCCGUGCGCGUGCGUCGCGCACUUCGGCACGGACGCCGCGUCGUGCGUCGCGUACGCGACGGCGCGCGCGGUCCGGUUCGCGGACCUGCGCGCGCGGCGCGACGAGGCGCUCGCCGCCGCGGUCCCGGCCGAGCUCGGGCCGCUGUCGGCCGUCGCGCUGGGGCCCGGUGGCCGCUGGUUCGUCGCGGGCACGGGCGCCGGGCACGUGUGCGCGUGGGACGCGCGCAGGCCGGACCUCGUCGCGAGCGCCUGGCGCCACUCCUCGGGCCAACGGGUCCGCCGCCUCGCGACGUGCGCCCGGCUGCCGCCCGCGCCGGCCGACGAGGCGCGGCCGCUGGCGUUCGUCGCGUGCGGCGACAACGAGGUCGGCGUGUGGGACGUGCGCGAGGGCGGGGCGCCGCUGCGGUGCUUUCGGGCGCGGCGCGCGCUCGGGGGCGCGGACGCGUCGCCGGAGGCGCGCUGGGCGCUUCCCACCCUGGACCCCGUCCCCCUGCGGCCGCACCCGCGCGCCCGCUGCGGCGCCGCGGCCACGGUCCCCCGCGGCGGCCCGGCGCCGGGCGUCCGCGCGCUCAUGGGCCGCGUCUCGCAGCGCGGCGCCUCGUACCUCGUCACGGGCGGCGACGACGCGCACGUCCGGUACUGGGACCUGGCGACGCCCGCGAACUCGUACACGGUGUCGGGACCCGCGGCCGGCGCGCCGCGUCCGACGUACGCCGCGCCGCCCGCCGACGCGACGCUCGUCGUGUGUCGCGACUUCGCCGCGCCGCCGGCCGAGGCGCGCGCCGCCGCGCCCGCGCCGCCGCCGCCGUCGUCGCUGGCCCACCGCGACGCCGUCCUCGACUUGAAGUCGGUGGACCUGCCGGCCAAGCUCAUGCUCUCCGCGUCGCGCGACGGCGUCGUCAAGUGCUGGCGGUGACGCCGACCUAUCUCCCUCCUUCGGAGGAGGAUGCAUUUCCAUAAAUGUCCGUUGUGUGCUAGUA